GAACUACCAACAUGGAGGACGGUGGAGAAGCUUCCACGAAUUCACUUUUGAAAGAUGAGUGUUACGCUGAUUUCCUGGCGGAGGACUUCGACGUGAAGACGUACACUGCUCAGGCUAUACACCAUGCUGUUAUCGCCGAGCAGCUGGCCAAGCUGGCACAGGGCAUCAGUCAGCUGGACAAGGAGCUCCACAGCCAGGUUGUGGCAAGACAUGAAGACUUACUGGCUCAGGCAACUGGGAUAGAGUCUCUUGAAGGGGUCCUUCAGAUGAUGCAGACGAGGAUCAGUGCUCUGCAGGCAGCUGUUGACAGGAUAAGAACAAAGAUUAUUGACCCAUACAACAAGAUUGUGGCCAGGAUCACUCAGCUUGCCAGACUGCAGGUGGCCUGUGACCUGCUGCGGAGGAUCAUUCGCAUUUUGUACCUGAGCAAGAGGCUCCAGGGUCAGCUCCAGGGGGGCAGCAGGGAGAUCACCAAGGCCGCUCAGAGCCUCAACGAACUAGACUAUCUGUCACAAGGUGUGGAUCUGAGCGGCAUCGAGGUGAUUGAGAACGAGCUGCUGCUCAUCAGCAGAGCCAGACUGGAGGUGGAGAACCAAGCCAAGAGACUGCUGGAGCAGGGCAUGGAGAUCCAGAACCCGACCCAGGUCGGCACGGCCCUGCAGGUCUUCUAUAAUCUGGGAAGUUUAAGAGAGACCAUCAGCAGUGUGGUGGGGGGUUACCGCACCACCAUACAGGACAACAUCACAAGUGCUCUAGACAUCAAGGGUCUGACACAGCCAGCCAACCCCAGAGGUGCUCCGGGCAGAGCAGUGCUGCCGACACCAGGGAACACAGCAGCUUUCCGUGCUGCUCUGUGGACCAACCUGGAGAAACUGAUGGACCAGAUAUGUGCUGCGUGCAGACAGGUGCAGCAUCUGCAGAAGGUCCUGAUGAAGAAGAGAGACCCCGUCACUCAUGUGUGCUUCAUUGAUGAGAUCAGCAAGGAUGGUCAGCCUGAUAUCCUCUAUACCUUCUGGACUGAUGUAACCAACACCCUUAGCGAGGAGUUCCACAGAGCAACUGAAGCCUCAUCCUUCCUGAAGCAGGCGUUCGAAGGCGAGUAUCCUAAACUGCUGCGGCUGUACAAUGAGCUGUGGCGCCGCCUGCAGCAGUACAGUGCCAGCCUGCAGGGGGCUCUGGCCGGCAGUGGAGGGAUGGACGCGUCUCUGGACAUCACGGCCGCCGAGACGGACAGCCAGGACCUCUUCACGCACGGCAAACAGGACUACAGCCCAGAGAAGGCCCUGAAGGACUCCCUGCAGCCGUACGAGGCGGCCUACCUCUCCAAGUCCCUCUCUCGCCUGUUUGAUCCGAUCAACCUCGUCUUCCCCAUGGGCGGCCGCAACCCGCCCUCCAACGACGAGCUGGACAGCAUCAUUAAGACUAUCAGCAGUGAGCUGAAUGUAGCGUCGGUAGAUCCAGAUCUGUCCCUGGCUGUGGCCAAGAAUGCUGCCAAGACCGUCCAGCUCUUCUGUGUCAAGUCUGAACAGCUGCUGUGUACUCAGGGUGAUGCCAGUCAGGUGAUUGGUCCGUUAACGGAUGGCCAGAGGAGGAACAUUGCUGUGGUCAACUCCCUCUACCGUCUGCAGCAGGCCGUCGCCAAGAUUAUCUCAGGUCUGGGUUUUUGUCCACGGGCUGCUGCAGAGGCUCUGUCUUCAUCUUUGGAGGGGGUGCAGGCCCUGAUGAGCAGCGCGGUGCAGCCUCUGCUGCAGUCGGUGAGCGACUCCAUAGAGGCUAUCAUCAUCACGCUGCACCAGGAAGACUUCUCAGGGCCUCUGUCCAGCCCUGAUAAGCCCGACAUUCCGUGCUCCCUCUACAUGAAGGAGCUGCAGGGCUUCAUCUCCAGAGUGAUGAGCGACUACUUCCGACACAUCCAGUGCUCCGACUUCAUCUACGAGAGCACCGAGGCCAUCGCUCGGAGAGCCAUCGAGCUGUUCAUCCGCCACGCCAGCCUGCUGCGCCCGCUGGGAGAGGGAGGCAAGAUGAGGCUGGCCGCCGACUUCGCACAGAUGGAGAUGGCCGUAGGUCCUCUGUGCAGGAGAGUGUCUGAUCUGGGGAAACCUUACAGGAUGCUGCGCUCCUUCAGGCCGCUGCUGUUUCAGACCAGUGAGCUCAUCGCCAGCAGUCCAGCUGUGGGAGACCUGAUCCCCUACAGCACCCUGCUGCACUUCCUCUUCACCAGAGCCCCAUCUGAGCUCAAGUCACCUCACCAGAGAGCAGAGUGGUCCAUAGCCCGUUACUCCCAGUGGUUAGACGAUCACCCCUCAGAGAGAGACCGGCUCACCCUCAUCAGGGGCGCCCUGGAGGCCUAUGUGCAGUCGGUGAGGGCUCGACAGGGGAAGGAGUUCGCCCCCAUCUAUCCCAUCAUGCUCCAGUUGUUGCAGAGAGCCACCAGCGGCUCACAGGACGUUAGAGCCUGAGGAUGACACCGCUGCAGACGCCACGGUAUCUGAACAGCUUCCUUCUGACCACAUCAGAGAGUAAUGUGAGCCUAUGUCCAGCUCUGUGCACACUACAUAAAGCCUACUGUUUACAGAGUAACUUGACUGUAGCAGCUGUAGCUCAGCUUAGACUCAUGUUAUUUUUUACUACUGUGACUAAAUGAAGGGCCUUUAUUGUGUAGGGAAACAUGGGAUAUUUAGAAACAACUUUAACAAAUUAAAGCUCCACAUUUCCUGAACCUGCUCAGGUCUGAAGUGGCCUGCAGAGGUUCAGCUCAGUUACUCGGGUGGUACAACAGC